UGACCGCCCGAUAGGGGGCGUGAAUGUAACAAGCUGAACGCCAAACUACACCGAAGAAGAAGAAGAAGGUAGCAGGUGCCUGAGGUGCCUGCUUCUUAUCUGUUGUUAGUGUCCUCUCAGGUGAAAUUACAGGAUGGCACAGUGGGGUGCCGUAUUCUCAAUCAUCGCUGCUCUGGGAGGAGCAGCACUGUUGGCCUCCGUUCACAAGAUCGAUGAGGGACACACUGGAGUUUACUACAGAGGAGGGGCUCUCCUGACCACCACCAGCGGCCCUGGUUUCCAUCUUAUGCUUCCAUUCAUCACCACAUACAAGUCUGUUCAGACGACAAUACAGACGGAUGAGGUGAAAAAUGUACCAUGCGGCACAGGUGGAGGAGUGAUGAUUUACUUUGACCGUAUAGAAGUGGUGAACUACCUUGUUCCAGCAGCAGUGUACGACAUAGUGAGGAACUUCACCGCAGACUACGACAAAGCUUUGAUAUUCAACAAGGUUCACCAUGAGCUCAACCAGUUCUGCAGCGUUCACUCACUGCAGGAGGUCUACAUUGACUUGUUUGACCAAAUCGAUGAAAACCUGAAGUUGACACUACAGGAGGAUCUAACAGCCAUGGCACCGGGACUUAUCAUACAGGCGGUCCGUGUCACAAAACCCAAUAUCCCAGAGAGCAUUCGCAGGAACUACGAGCUCAUGGAGAGCGAGAAGACGAAGCUGCUGAUCUCUCAACAGACACAGAAGGUUGUGGAGAAGGAGGCAGAAACAGAAAGGAUCAAAGCUGUGAUAGAGGCUGAGAAAGUGGCACAAGUAGCAUCAAUCAAGUUUGAACAGAAAGUCAUGGAGAAGGAAACCGAGAAAAGGAUCUCUGAAAUCGAAGAUGGUGCUUUCUUGGCACGGGAGAAAGCCAGGGCAGAUGCAGAGUUCUAUACUUCACAGAGAAAUGCAGAGGCCAAUAAGAUUAAGUUAACACCAGAGUACCUGCAGCUAAUGAAGUACAGGGCCAUCGCAACCAACAGCAAAAUCUACUUUGGGAAUGAGAUACCCCACAUGUUUGUGGACUCUGGCUCUGCAGGGAGCUCCAUCAAGGCCUCUGCAGCCAUGGACAUUGCUGCUGACCAGAUCCUGGACCUGGAUUAGCAAGGGUGGUAGUGGGACCAACAGGACCACCCAGGGGUGGAGGACUGUCUGCUGAAGAGGAGGUGCCCGGCCUACAGGCCAGCAGGCAGCUUCUCCCUCUGAACUGCAGAAGCUCUGCUGACCAGGGCCCGUAUUUCUCAACACCUCAGAAUAUCUGCUGAUAAUCACACUGAAAGUUUGUCUUCUCCUACAGGAUCUCAGAGCAGAGGGCUGAGGUUAUUUAAGAGGCUCCCUGUGCUUUUACUCUGUUCUGAUAUAAAAUUAAACUGUCUAGACUCAGUAAAUUAGGUGGAAGAAAAACAAGAUUAAAAAGCAUCAACCGUGUAUAAUUAGCUCCUUCCCUAAAAACUGACAUCUAAAAGAGCCGCUGCUCAGAAGUUAUUGCCUGUGCAUGAAGCACAUUUAGCCACAACAUCAAGGAUCCAUUCCUACUUAUGUAUUUCUACAAUCUUAUCAUUUUUUGUGCAUGUGUCCUCACUGGACAUUUAAAGCAGUAGUAUUUGUUCAGUUGCGGGGACAAUGUCUAUAAUUAAUCUUAAAUCAGCUUUUACAUGCAAUAAAUUCAAUAGCAGUUAUUGUCCUUGCAUGAUUCGAUAACCCCAGUCCCCUAGUAUCUGUUGCUAAGCUUUUAGUUCUCCCAUGAGACAAAUGUAGUUGUAAUUUAGUCAUUUUCUGGACCAUGGUAUAAUUUCAAAACAGAUGUAGAAGAGGGAUUCUCAUUUUUAGCUGGUGAUUUUUGUCGACUGAAAUGACAGCUGUAGCUUGCAGAUUGUAUUUGCCUUAACUAGCUAGCUAAUUAGGCUAACGUUAGCUUCGUGAGCUGGUUGAAAAUGCCGUCUCGACCUUCAGCCGACUCAUUUUAAAACAAGAAUCUUGAAGAAGGGGUCAUAAAUAUGCUUCAUAUUGUGGUUAAAGUCUGAGGCCAAUGCUGCAUGUCACGCACAAAACACUAGCAAUUGCAGUUAAAUGCAAAGUAAAAAUCUAUUCCUUGUAGUUUAAGCUUAAAAAUAUGAUUCAAAAGUUUCACCAAACCUUUUAAAUGUAGAAUAUCACUUUAUCUACAGCCAAGUACACACCACUCAUGGACAAUCGCUGUCAAAUGGUAGUUCCUGAACAGUCAGUUGCAUCAACUUUUGUGAAUGAAGCAGCUGCAUCCAGAGAAAAAAAUACCUUCUAAUCAUUAACUUGACAUGUUCGACACUCUGUCCAGGGCAGGAAAUCUCUAAUAAAUCCUUGAGGACUUGGGAUGACUUGACAAGAUUAAGAAUGUUAUUAAAACGUUGAAAUGUUAUUAAAUGUUGAUACUCCUCAGCUGUGAGGAUGGUAGGCAGUGCUUUCUUAUUCUGAACUGCUUGAAAAAUAUGGGCCCUGACCAGAUUUGUCCCUGUAGACCAAACACAGGAUGAAUGUACUGUGUGUAAGCUGCUGCCUGUCAGAUAGAAUAUCAUCACUCCAUUCAAUUGUUUUUUGUUUUUCUAAAAAAAAAAAAAAAAAGAGAGAGAGAGAGAUAAAAAGAACACUGGGGACCUGUUGAAUAUUAAUUGAAUUGGUGCAACUGUUUAAAGUUGUGCUACAUGUUGCUGUAAAUGUAUGUAGCACUUUGUUUUUCACACUGUUCCUUCAGUGGGGAGACUAAACUUUUUUGACUGUUGGUGUCUAUUUUGCAUUAGGAGUUUAAUUUAAAUCUGCAGAUCAUUGGGUUAUGACAAACAUCUUUUCUACUCCAUUUUUCAUACGGUAGUGUCACAGCAGCAUUUCUCAAUAGGCAAUUUCCAGCUGCUUUUGAUGAUUUAAUGCUGAAUCAUGAAUGGUUACAGGAUAUGUACAGUAAUGAACAGCCUUUGACCAUUAGCCUACUCUGGAGGAGAAGAGGUUGUAUGCACUGCAGUAUACAGAUUGAAGGACUCAUUGUAGGAAUGUUACCAACCUGUUGUGUUAAAGUGGUUUUUCGGGAUCAGAUAUUCAUUUUUGACACCUCAAAACCUUUUUUAGAUAAAUCUAUACUUGAUCAGGACCAAAAACCCAUCCCAUUGAAUGUGUGACCUCUUUAUUUUCUGUGUUAGAUGACUGAAGAAGUUCUUUGUCUAAAUUGUGACAUAAUGUUGCAUUUGAUUCCCAACAUGUGAAGUUUUGGUGGGAUUAUUGCAACAGUUUGAUGUGGUGUUGCACAACAGAAUAUGUGGGUAUGUUUGAGUUAGUGACCAAAUGAUGCUUUCUUCAAAGAACCACACUACAUCGAAAAUUGACUCAUUCGUUAUUUAGUUUCAGGUUUUGGGGUCAGGGGCAUGUUUUUGAUUCAGGGGAAACUUGUGUCAUCAGCCUGCCAGAAAAUCUUUCUGUAAUCUGAAGCCAAGUGGCUUGUGUCGUUAAUUCCCUGUAACCCAUUACAAUUUUAUUGAUCAUUUGUUGUAGAAACUGCUCUCUGUUGUUUAAAGUCAGUCCAGUUCGUCCCUUCAGUGACUUACAUUGGUCCUUUUAAUACAUAUUUCUCUGAUUGAUUGAGACUUACAAUGACUUGAAAGGCAAAUAGUCUUGCACUGAUUAAAUUGUGAAUGCAUAAUCAAGAUAUUGUCAUUUGACAGUACUGUGGGUUAUCCUUUGAGAAAUCAAUAGCAUUAUUAAAAGUUUUUAUUUACAUUGCAA